AUGUUGGGAGAAGGGGCGCAUGAAGGGGAGACGUUUAUGAGGGAGACGUUUGUGGGGCGCAGGUUGGGAGAAGGGGCGUGUGAAGGGGAGACGUUUACGGGGAAGACGUUUGUGGGGCGCAGGUUGGGAGAAGGUGCGUGUGAAGGGGAGACGUUUGUGGGGCGCAAGUUGGGAGAAGGUGCGUGUGAAGGGGAGACUUUCAGGGGGGAGACGUUUGUGGGGCGUUGGUUGGCAGAAGGUGCGUGUGAAAGGGAGACGUUCAGGGGCGAGACGUUUGUGGGGCGCAGGUUGGGGGAAGGUGCGUUUGAAGGGGAGACGUUUGUGGGGCGCAAGUUGGGAGAAGGUGUGUGUGGAGGGGAGACGUUUAGGGGGGAGACGUUUGUGGGGCGCAGGUUGGGCGAAGGUACGUUGGGAGAAGGUGCAUGUGAAGGGGAGACGUUUAGGGGGGAGACGUUUGGGGGGCGCAUGUUGGGAGAAGGUGCGUGUGAAGGGGAGACGUUUAGGGGGGAGACGUUUGCGGGGCGCAGGUUAGGAGAAGGAGCGUGUGAAGGGGAGACGUUUAGGGGGGAGACGUUUGUGGGGCGCAGGUUGGGAGAAGGUGCAUGUGAAGGGGAGACGUUUGUAAGGCGCAUGUUGGGAGAAGGGGCGUAUGAAGGGGAGACGUUUAUGAGGGAGACGUUUGUGGAGCGCAGGUUGGGAGAAGGGGCGUGUGAAGGGGAGACGUUUACGGGGAAGACGUUUGUGGGGCGCAGGUUGGGAGAAAGUGCGUGUGAAGGGGAGACGUUUAGGGGGGAGACGUUUGUGGGGCGCGGGUUGAGAGAAGGUGCGUGUGAAGGGGAGACGUUUGUGGGGCGAAUAUUGGGAGAAGGUGCGUAUGAAGGGGAGACGUAUAGGGGGAAGACGUUUGUGGGGCGCAGGUUUGGAGAAGGUGCGUGUGAAGGGGAGACGUUUAGGGGGGAGACGUUUGUGGGGCGCAGGUUGGGAGAAGGUGCGUGUGAAGGGGAGACGUUUAGGGGGGAGACGUUUGUGGGGCGCAGGUUGGGAGAAGGUGCGUGUGAAGGGGAGACUUUUAGGGGGGAGACGUUUGUGGGGCGCACGUUGGGAGAAGGUGCGUGUGAAGGGGAGACGUUUAGGGGGGAGACGUUUGUGGGGCGCAGGUUGGGAAAAGGUGCGUAUGAAGGGGAGACGUUUAGGGGGGAAGACGUUUGUGGGGCGCAAGUUCAAAGAAGGUGCAUGGGGCGCAGGUUGGGAGAAGGUUCGUGUGAAGGGGAGACGUUUAGGGGGGGGACGUUUGGGGGGCGCAGGUUGGGAGAAGGUGCGUGUGAAGGGGAGACGUUUAGGGGGGAGACGUUUGGGGGGCGUAGGUUGGGAGAAGGUGCGUGUGAAGGGGAGACGUUUAGGUUGGAGACGUUUGUGGGGCGCAGGUUGGGAGAAGGUGCGUGCGAAGGGGAGAGGUUAAGGGGGGAGACGUUUGGGGGGCGCAUGUUGGGAGAAGGUGCGUGUGAAGGGGAGACGUUUAGAGGGGAGACGUUUGUGGGGCACAGGUUGGGAGAAGGUGCGUGUGAAGGGGAGACGUUUAGUGGGGAGACGUUUGUAGGGCGCAGGUUGGGAGAAGGUGCGUAUGAAGGGGAGACGUUUAGGGGGGAGACGUUUGUGGGGCGCAAGUUCGGAGAAGGUGCGUGUGAAGGGGAGACGUUUAGGGGGGAGACGUUUGUGGGGCGCAGGUUCGGAGAAGGUGCGUGGGAAGAGGAGACGUUUAGGGGGGAGAGGUUUGUGGGGCGCAGGUUAGGAGAAGGAGCGUGUGAAGGGGAGACGUUUAGGGGGGAGACGUUUGUGGGGCGCAGGUUGGGAGAAGGUGCGUGUGAAGGGGAGACGUUUGUGGGGCGCAUGUUGGGAGAAGGGGCGCAUGAAGGGGAGACGUUUAUGAGGGAGACGUUUGUGGGGCGCAGGUUGGGAGAAGGGGCGUGUGAAGGGGAGACGUUUACGGGGAAGACGUUUGUGGGGCGCAGGUUGGGAGAAGGUGCGUGUGAAGGGGAGACGUUUGUGGGGCGCAAGUUGGGAGAAGGUGCGUGUGAAGGGGAGACUUUCAGGGGGGAGACGUUUGUGGGGCGUUGGUUGGCAGAAGGUGCGUGUGAAAGGGAGACGUUCAGGGGCGAGACGUUUGUGGGGCGCAGGUUGGGGGAAGGUGCGUUUGAAGGGGAGACGUUUGUGGGGCGCAAGUUGGGAGAAGGUGUGUGUGGAGGGGAGACGUUUAGGGGGGAGACGUUUGUGGGGCGCAGGUUGGGCGAAGGUACGUUGGGAGAAGGUGCAUGUGAAGGGGAGACGUUUAGGGGGGAGACGUUUGGGGGGCGCAUGUUGGGAGAAGGUGCGUGUGAAGGGGAGACGUUUAGGGGGGAGACGUUUGCGGGGCGCAGGUUAGGAGAAGGAGCGUGUGAAGGGGAGACGUUUAGGGGGGAGACGUUUGUGGGGUGCAGGUUGGGAGAAGGUGCAUGUGAAGGGGAGACGUUUGUAAGGCGCAUGUUGGGAGAAGGGGCGUAUGAAGGGGAGACGUUUAUGAGGGAGACGUUUGUGGAGCGCAGGUUGGGAGAAGGGGCGUGUGAAGGGGAGACGUUUACGGGGAAGACGUUUGUGGGGCGCAGGUUGGGAGAAAGUGCGUGUGAAGGGGAGACGUUUAGGGGGGAGACGUUUGUGGGGCGCGGGUUGAGAGAAGGUGCGUGUGAAGGGGAGACGUUUGUGGGGCGAAUAUUGGGAGAAGGUGCGUAUGAAGGGGAGACGUAUAGGGGGAAGACGUUUGUGGGGCGCAGGUUUGGAGAAGGUGCGUGUGAAGGGGAGACGUUUAGGGGGGAGACGUUUGUGGGGCGCAGGUUGGGAGAAGGUGCGUGUGAAGGGGAGACGUUUAGGGGGGAGACGUUUGUGGGGCGCAGGUUGGGAGAAGGUGCGUGUGAAGGGGAGACUUUUAGGGGGGAGACGUUUGUGGGGCGCACGUUGGGAGAAGGUGCGUGUGAAGGGGAGACGUUUAGGGGGGAGACGUUUGUGGGGCGCAGGUUGGGAGAAGGUGCGAGUGAAGGGGAGACGUUUAGGGGGGAGACGUUUGAGGGGCGCAGGUUGGGAGACGGUGCGUGUGAAGGGGAGACGUUUAGGGGGGAGACGGUUGUGGGGCGCACUUUGGGAGAAGGUGCAUGUGAAGGGGAGACGUUUGGGGGGGAGACGUUUUUGGCGCGCAGGUUGGGAGAAGGUGCGUGUGAAGGGGAGACGUUUAGGGGGGAGACGUUUGUGGCGCGCAGGUUCGGAGAAGGUGCGUGUGAAGGGGAGUCGUUUAGGGGGGAGACGUUUGUGGCGCGCAGGUUCGGAGAAGGUGCGUGUGAAGGGGAGACGUUUUGGGGGGAGACGUUUGUGGGGCGCACGUUGGUAGAAGGUGCAUGUGAAGGGGAGACGUUUGGGGGGGAGACGUUUGUGGCGCGCAGGUUCGGAGAAGAUGCGUGUGAAGGGGAGUCGUUUAGGGGGGAGACGUUUGUGGCGCGCACGUUCGGAGAAGGUGCGUGUGAAGGGGAGACGUUUAGGGGGGAAACGUUUGUGGGGCCCAGGUUGGGAGAAAGUGCGUGUGAAGGGGAGACGUUUAGGGGGGAGACGUUUGUGGGGCGCAGGUUGGGAGAAGCUGCGUGUGAAAGGGAGACGUUUAGAGGGGAGACGUUUGUGGGGCGCAUGUUGGGAGAAGGUGCGUGUGAAGGGGAGACGUUUAGGGGGGAGACGUUUGUAGGGCGCAGGUUGGGAGAAGGUGCGUGUGAAGGGGAGACGUUUAGGGGGGAGACGUUUGUGGGGCGCAGGUUGGGAAAAGGUGCGUAUGAAGGGGAGACGUUUAGGGGGGAAGACGUUUGUGGGGCGCAAGUUCAAAGAAGGUGCAUGGGGCGCAGGUUGGGAGAAGGUUCGUGUGAAGGGGAGACGUUUAGGGGGGGGACGUUUGGGGGGCGCAGGUUGGGAGAAGGUGCGUGUGAAGGGGAGACGUUUAGGGGGGAGACGUUUGGGGGGCGUAGGUUGGGAGAAGGUGCGUGUGAAGGGGAGACGUUUAGGUUGGAGACGUUUGUGGGGCGCAGGUUGGGAGAAGGUGCGUGCGAAGGGGAGAGGUUAAGGGGGGAGACGUUUGGGGGGCGCAUGUUGGGAGAAGGUGCGUGUGAAGGGGAGACGUUUAGAGGGGAGACGUUUGUGGGGCACAGGUUGGGAGAAGGUGCGUGUGAAGGGGAGACGUUUAGUGGGGAGACGUUUGUAGGGCGCAGGUUGGGAGAAGGUGCGUAUGAAGGGGAGACGUUUAGGGGGGAGACGUUUGUGGGGCGCAAGUUCGGAGAAGGUGCGUGUGAAGGGGAGACGUUUAGGGGGGAGACGUUUGUGGGGCGCAGGUUCGGAGAAGGUGCGUGGGAAGAGGAGACGUUUAGGGGGGAGAGGUUUGUGGGGCGCAGGUUCGGAGAAGGUGCGUGUGAAGGGGAGAUGUUUAGGGGGGAGACGUUUGUAGGGCGGAGGUUGGGAGAAGGUGCGUGUGAAGGGGAGACGUUUGUGGGGCGCAAGUUGGGAGAAGGUGCGUGUGAAGAGGAGACAUUUAGGGGGGAGACGUUUGUGGGGCACAGGUUGGGAGAAGGUGCGUGUGAAAGGGAGACGUUUAGGGGGGAGACGUUUGGGGGUCGCAGGUUGGGAGAAGCUGCGUGUGAAGGGGAGACGUUUGUGGGGCGCAGGUUGGGAGAAGGUGCGUGUGAAGGGGAGACGUUUAGGGGGGAGACGUUUGUAGGGCGCAGGUUGGGAGAAGGUGCGUGUGAAGGGGAGACGUUUAGGGGGGAGACGUUUGUGGGGCCCAGGUUGGGAGAAGGUGCGUGUGAAGGGGAGACGUUUAGGGGGGAGACGUUUGUGGGGCGCAGGUUGGGAAAAGGUGCGUAUGAAGGGGAGACGUUUAGGGGGGAGACGUUUGUAGGGCGCAGGUUGGGAGAAGCUGCGUGUGAAAGGGAGACGUUUAGAGGGGAGACGUUUGUGGGGCGCAUGUUGGGAGAAGGUGCGUGUGAAGGGGAGACGUUUAGGGGGGAGACGUUUGUAGGGCGCAGGUUGGAAGAAGGUGCGUGUGAAGGGGAGACGUUUAGGGGGGAGACGUUUGUGGGGCGCAGGUUGGGAAAAGGUGCGUGUGAAGGGGAGACGUUUAGGGGGGAGACGUUUGUGGGGCACAGGUUGGGAGAAGGUGCGUGUGAAGGGGAGACGUUUAGUGGGGAGACGUUUGUAGGGCGCAGGUUGGGAGAAGGUGCGUAUGAAGGGGAGACGUUUAGGGGGGAGACGUUUGUUGGGGCGCAAGUUCGGAGAAGGUUGGGAGAAGGUGCGUGUGAAGGGGAGACGUUUGUGGGGCGCAAGUUGGGAGAAGGUGCGUGUGAAGAGGAGACAUUUAGGGGGGAGACGUUUGUGGGGCACAGGUUGGGAGAAGGUGCGUGUGAAAGGGAGACGUUUAGGUGGGAGACGUUUGGGGGUCGCAGGUUGGGAGAAGCUGCGUGUGAAGGGGAGACGUUUGUGGGGCGCAGGUUGGGAGAAGGUGCGUGUGAAGGGGAGACGUUUAGGGGGGAGACGUUUGUAGGGCGCAGGUUGGGAGAAGGUGCGUGUGAAGGGGAGACGUUUAGGGGGGAGACGUUUGUGGGGCCCAGGUUGGGAAAAGGUGCGUGUGAAGGGGAGACGUUUAGGGGGGAAGACGUUUGUGGGGCGCAAGUUCGGAGAAGGUGCGUGGGGCGCAAGUUGGGAGAAGGUUCGUGUGAAGGGGAGACGUUUAGGGGGGAGACGUUUGGGGGGUGCAGGUUGGGAGAAGGUGCGUGUGAAGGGGAGACGUUUAGGGGGGAGACGUUUGUGGGGCGCAGGUUGGGAGAAGGUGCGUGUGAUGGGGACAGGUUUAGGGGGGAGACGUUUGGGGGGCGCAGGUUGGGAGAAGGUGCGUGUGAAGGGAAGACGUAUAGAGGGGAGACGUUUGUGGGGUGCAGGUUGGGAGAAGGUGCGUGUGAAGGGGAGACGUUUAGGGGGGAGACGUUUGGGGGUCGCAGGUUGGGAGAAGGUGCGUGUGAAGGGGAGACGUUUCGGGGGGAGACGUUUGUGGGGCGCAGGUUGGGAGAAGGUGCAUAUGAAGGGGAGACGUUUAGGGGGGAGACGUUUGUAGGGCGCAGGUUGGGAGAAGGUGCGUGUGAAGGGGAGACGUUUGUGGGGCACAAGUUGGGAGAAGGUGCGUGUGAACGGGAGACGUUUAGGGGGGAGACGUUUGUGGGUUGCAGGUUCAGAGAAGGUGCGUGUGAAGGGGAGACGUUUGAGGGGGAUACGUUUGUGGGGCGCAGGUUGGGAGAAGGUGCGUAUGAAGGGGAGACGUUUAGGGGGGAGACGUUUAUGGGGCGCAGGUUGGGAGAAGGUGCGUAUGAAGGGGAGACGUUUAGGGGGGAGACGUUUGUGGGGCGCAGGUUCAGAGAAGGUGCGUGUGAAGGGGAGAUGUUUGAGGGGGAUACGUUUGUGGGGCGCAGGUUCGGACAAGGUGCGUGUGAAGGGGAGACGUUUAGGGGGGAGACGUUUGUGGGGUGCAGGUUCGGAGAAGGUGCGUGUGAAGGGGAGACGUUUGUGGGGCGCAAGUUGGGAGAAGAUGUGUGUGAAGGGGUGUCGUUUAGGGGGGAGACUUUUGUGGGGCGCAGGUUGGGAGAAGGUGCGUGUGAAGGGGAGACGUUUAGGGGGGAGACGUUUGUGGGGCGCAGGUUGGGAGAAGGUGCGUGUGAACGGGAGACGUUUAGGGGGGAGACGUUUGUGGGGCGCAGGUUUGGAGAAGAUGCGUGUGAAGGGGAGACGUUUAGGGCGGAGACGUUUGGGGGGCGCAGGUUGGGAGAAGGUGCGUGUGAAGGGGAGACGUUUAAGGAGGAGACGUUUUUGGGGCGCAGGUUGGGAGAAGGUGCGUGUGAAGGGGAGACAUUUAAGGGGGAGACGUUUGUGGGGCGCAGGUUGGGAAAAGGUGCGUAUGAAGGGGAGACGUUUAGUGGGGAGACGUUUGUAGGGCGCAGGUUGGGAGAAGGUGCGUAUGAAGGGGAGACGUCUAGGGGGGACACGUUUGUGGGGCGCAAGUUCGGAGAAGGUGCGUGUGAAGGGGAGACGUUUAGGGGGGAGACGUUUGUGGGGCGCAGGUUCGGAGAAGGUGCGUGGGAAGGGGAGACGUUUAGGGGGGAGAGGUUUGUGGGGCGCAGGUUCGGAGAAGGUGCGUGUGAAGGGGAGAUGUUUAGGGGGGAGACGUUUGUGGGGCGCAGGUUGGGAGAAGGUGCGUGUGAAGGGGAGACGUUUGUGGGGCACAGGUUGGGAGAAGGUGCGUGUGAAAGGGAGACGUUUAGGGGGGAGACGUUUGGGGGUCGCAGGUUGGGAGAAGCCGCGUGUGAAGGGGAGACGUUUGUGGGGCGCAGGUUGGGAGAAGGUGCGUGUGAAGGGGAGACGUUUAGGGGGGAGACGUUUGUAGGGCCCAGGUUGGGAAAAGGUGCGUGUGAAGGGGAGACGUUUAGGGGGGAAGACGUUUGUGGGGCGCAAGUUCGGAGAAGGUGCGUGGGGCGCAAGUUGGGAGAAGGUUCGUGUGAAGGGGAGACGUUUAGGGGGGAGACGUUUGGGGGGGGCAGGUUGGGAGAAGGUGCGUGUGAAGGGGAGACGUUUAGGGGGGAGACGUUUGUGGGGCGCAGGUUGGGAGAAGGUGCGUGUGAAGGGGAGAGGUUUAGGGGGGAGACGUUUGGGGGUCGCAGGUUGGGAGAAGGUGCGUGUGAAGGGGAGACGUUUAGGGGGGAGACGUUUGUGGGGCGCAGGUUGGUAGAAGGUGCGUGUGAAGGGGAGACGUUUAGGGGGGAGACGUUUGUAGGGCGCAUGUUGGGAGAAGGUGCGUGUGAAGGAGAGACGUUUAGAGGGGAGACGUUUGUGGGGCGCAGGUUCGGAGAAGGUGAGUGUGAAGGGGAGACGUUUAGGGGGGAGACGUUUGUGGGCCACAGGUUGGGAGAAGGUGCGUGUGAAGGGGAGACGUUUAGGGGGGAGACGUUUGUCGGGCGCAGGUUCAGAGAAGGUGCGUGUGAAGGGGAGACGUUUGAGGGGGAUACGUUUAUGGGGCGCAGGUUCGGACAAGGUGCGUGUGAAGGGGAGACGUUUGUGGGGUGCAGGUUCGGAGAAGGUGCGUGUGAAGGGGAGACGUUUUGGGGGGAGCGGUUUGUGGGGCGCAGGUUGGGAGAAGGUGCGUAUGAAGGGGAGACGUUUAGGGGGGAGACGUUUAUGGGGCGCAGGUUGGGAGAAGGUGCGUGUGAAGGGGAGACGUUUAGGGGGGAGACGUUUGGGGGGGGCAGGUUGGGAGAAGGUGCGUGUGAAGGGGAGACGUUUAGGGGGGAGACGUUUGUGGGGCGCAGGUUGGGAGAAGGUGCGUGUGAAGGGGAGAGGUUUAGGGGGGAGACGUUUGGGGGUCGCAGGUUGGGAGAAGGUGCGUGUGAAGGGGAGACGUUUAGGGGGGAGACGUUUGUGGGGCGCAGGUUGGUAGAAGGUGCGUGUGAAGGGGAGACGUUUAGGGGGGAGACGUUUGUAGGGCGCAUGUUGGGAGAAGGUGCGUGUGAAGGAGAGACGUUUAGAGGGGAGACGUUUGUGGGGCGCAGGUUCGGAGAAGGUGAGUGUGAAGGGGAGACGUUUAGGGGGGAGACGUUUGUGGGCCACAGGUUGGGAGAAGGUGCGUGUGAAGGGGAGACGUUUAGGGGGGAGACGUUUGUCGGGCGCAGGUUCAGAGAAGGUGCGUGUGAAGGGGAGACGUUUGAGGGGGAUACGUUUAUGGGGCGCAGGUUCGGACAAGGUGCGUGUGAAGGGGAGACGUUUGUGGGGUGCAGGUUCGGAGAAGGUGCGUGUGAAGGGGAGACGUUUUGGGGGGAGCGGUUUGUGGGGCGCAGGUUGGGAGAAGGUGCGUAUGAAGGGGAGACGUUUAGGGGGGAGACGUUUAUGGGGCGCAGGUGCGGAGAAGGUGCGUGUGAAGGGGAGACGUUUAGGGGGGAGACGUUUGUGGGGCGCAAUUUGGGAGAAGGUGCGUGUGAAGGGGAGACGUCUGCGGGGCGCAAGUUGGGAGAAGAUGUGUGUGAAGGGGAGACGUUUAGGGGGGAGACGUUUGUGGGGCGCAGGUUGGGAGAAGGUGCGUGUGAACGGGAGACGUUUAGGGGGGAGACGUUUGUGGGGCGCAGGUUUGGAGAAGAUGCGUGUGAAGGGGAGACGUUUAGGGCGGAGACGUUUGGGGGGCGCAGGUGCGGAGAAGGUGCGUGUGAAGGGGAGACGUUUAGGGGGGAGACGUUUGGGGGGCGCAGGUUGGGAGAAGGUGCGUGUGAAGGGGAGACGUUUAAGGAGGAGACGUUUCUGGGGCGCAGGUUGGGAGAAGGUGCGUGUGAAAGGGAGACGUUUAGGGGGGAGACGUUUGUGAGACGCUGGUUGGGAGAAGGUGCGUAUGAAGGGGAGACGUUUAGGGGGGAGACGUUUGUGGCGCGCAGGUUCGGAGAAGGUGCGUGUGAAGGGGAGACGUUUAGGGGGGAGACAUUUGAGGCGCAGAGGUUUGGAGAAGGUGCGUGUGAAGGGGAGACGUUUAGGGGGGAGAUGUUUGUGGGGCGCAGGUUGGGAGAAGGUGCGUGUGAAGGGGAGACGUUUAGGGGGGGGGCGUUUGGGGGGCGCAGGUUGGGAGAAGGUGCAUGUGAAGGGGAGACGUUUAGGGGGGAGACGUUUGGGGGGCGCAUGUUGGGAGAAGGUGCGUGUGAAGGGGAGACGUUUAGGGGGGAGACAUGUGUGGGGCGCAGGUUGGGAGAAGGUGCGUGUGAAGGGGAGACGUUUAGGGGGGAGACGUUUGUCGGGCGCAGGUUCAGAGAAGGUGCGUGUGAAGGGGAGACGUUUGAGGGGGAUACGUUUAUGGGGCGCAGGUUCGGACAAGGUGCGUGUGAAGGGGAGACGUUUGUGGGGUGCAGGUUCGGAGAAGGUGCGUGUGAAGGGGAGACGUUUAGGGGGGAGCGGUUUGUGGGGCGCAGGUUGGGAGAAGGUGCGUAUGAAGGGGAGACGUUUAGGGGGGAGACGUUUAUGGGGCGCAGGUGCGGAGAAGGUGCGUGUGAAGGGGAGACGUUUAGGGGGGAGACGUUUGUGGGGCGCAAUUUGGGAGAAGGUGCGUGUGAAGGGGAGACGUCUGCGGGGCGCAAGUUGGGAGAAGAUGUGUGUGAAGGGGAGUCGUUUAGGGGGGAGACUUUUGUGGGGCGCAGGUUGGGAGAAGGUGCGUGUGAAGGGGAGACGUUUAGGGGGGAGACGUUUGUGGGGCGCAGGUUGGGAGAAGGUGCGUGUGAACGGGAGACGUUUAGGGGGGAGACGUUUGUGGGGCGCAGGUUUGGAGAAGAUGCGUGUGAAGGGGAGACGUUUAGGGCGGAGACGUUUGGGGGGCGCAGGUGCGGAGAAGGUGCGUGUGAAGGGGAGACGUUUAGGGGGGAGACGUUUGGGGGGCGCAGGUUGGGAGAAGGUGCGUGUGAAGGGGAGACGUUUAAGGAGGAGACGUUUCUGGGGCGCAGGUUGGGAGAAGGUGCGUGUGAAAGGGAGACGUUUAGGGGGGAGACGUUUGUGAGACGCUGGUUGGGAGAAGGUGCGUGUGAAGGGGAGACGUUUAGGGGGGAGACGUUUGUGGCGCGCAGGUUCGGAGAAGGUGCGUGUGAAGGGGAGACGUUUAGGGGGGAGACAUUUGAGGCGCAGAGGUUUGGAGAAGGUGCGUGUGAAGUGGAGACGUUUAGGGGGGAGAUGUUUGUGGGGCGCAGGUUGGGAGAAGGUGCGUGUGAAGGGGAGACGUUUAGGGGGGGGGCGUUUGGGGGGCGCAGGUUGGGAGAAGGUGCAUGUGAAGGGGAGACGUUUAGGGGGGAGACGUUUGGGGGGCGCAUGUUGGGAGAAGGUGCGUGUGAAGGGGAGACGUUUAGGGGGGAGACAUGUGUGGGGCGCAGGUUGGGAGAAGGUGCGUGUGAAGGGGAGACGUUUAGGGGGGAGACGUUUGGGGGGCGCAUGUUGGGAGAAGGUGCGUGUGAAGGGGAGACGUUUAGGGGGGAGACGUGUGUGGGGCGCAGGUUGGGAGAAGGUGCGUGUGAAGGGGAGACGUUUAGGGGGGAGACGUUUGGGGGCGCAUGUUGGGAGAAGGUGCGUGUGAAGGGGAGACGUUUAGGGGGGAAGACGUUUGUGGGGCGCAGGUUCGGAGAAGGUGCGUGUGAAGGGGAGACGUUUAGGGGGGAGACGUUUGUGGGGCGCAGGUUCGGAGAAGGUGCGUGUGAAGGGGAGACGUUUGUGGGGCACAAGUUGGGAGAAGGUGCGUGUGAAGGGGAGACGUUUAGGGGGGAGACGUUUGUGGGGCGCAGGUUGGGAGAAUGUGUGUGUGAAGGGGAGACGUUUAUGGGGGAGACGUUUGUGGCGCGCAGGUUGGGAGAAGGUGCGUGUGAAGGGGAGACGCUUAGGGAGGAGACGUUUGUGGGUCGCAGGUUGGGAGAAGGUGCGUGUGAAGGGGAGACGUUUAUGGGGCGCAGGUUGGGAGAAGUUGUGUGUGAAGGGGAGACGUUUAGGGGUUGGGAGAAGAUGGCGCGCAGGUUCGGAGAAGGUGCGUGUGAAGGGGAGACGUUUAGGGGGGAGACGUUUGUGGCGCGCAGGUUGGGAGAAGGUGCGUGUGAAGGGGAGACGUUUAGGGGGGAGACGUUUGGGGGGCGCAUGUUGAGAGAAGGUGCGUGUGAAGGGGAGACGUUUAGGGGGGAGACAUGUGUGGGGCGCAGGUUGGGAGAAGGUGCGUGUGAAGGGGAGACGUUUAGGGGGGAGACGUUUGGGGGGCGCAUGUUGGGAGAAGGUGCGUGUGAAGGGGAGACGUUUAGGGGGGUGAUGUUUGUGGGGCGCAGGUUGGGAGAAGGUGCGUGUGAAUGGGAGACGUUCAGGGGGGAGAGGUUUUUGGGGCGCAGGUUGGGAGAAGGUGCGUGUGAAGGGGAGACGUUUAGGGGGGAGACGUUUAUGGGGCGCAGGUUCGGAGAAGGUGCGUGUGAAGGGGAGACGUUUAGGGGGGAGAGGUUUGUGGGGCGCAGGUUGGGAGAAGGUGCGUAUGAAGGGGAGAAGUUUAGGGGGGAGACGUUUAUGGGGCGCAGGUGCGGAGAAGGUGCGUGUGAAGGGGAGACGAUUAGGGGGGAGACGUUUGUGGGGCGCAAGUUGGGAGAAGAUGUGUGUGAAGGGGAGUCGUUUAGGGGGGAGACUUUUGUGGGGCGCAGGUUGGGAGAAGGUGCGUGUGAAAGGGAGACGUUUAGGGGGGAGACGUUUGUGGGGCGCAGGUUUGGAGAAGAUGCGUGUGAAGGGGAGACGUUUAGGGUGGAGAUGUUUGGGGGGCGCAGGUGCGGAGAAGGUGCGUGUGAAGGGGAGACGUUUAGGGGGGAGACGUUUGGGGGGCGCAGGUUGGGAGAAGGUGCGUGUGAAGGGAAGACGUUUAGUGGGGAGACGUUUGGGGGUCGCAGGUUGGGAGAAGGUGCGUGUGAAGGGGAGACGUUUAGGGGGGAAGACAUUUGUGGGGCGCAGGUUCGAAGAAGGUGCGUGGGGUGCAGGUUUGGAGAAGGUUCGUGUGAAGGGGAGACGUUUAGGGGGGAGACGUUUGUGGGGCGCAGGUUCGGAGAAGGUGCGUGUGAAGGGGAGAUGUUUAGGGGGGAGACGUUUGUGGGGCGCAGGUUCGGAGAAGGUGCGUGUGAAGGGGAGACGUUUAGGGGGGAGACGUUUGUGGGGUGCAGGUUCGGAGAAGGUGCGUGUGAAGGGGAGACGUUUAGGGGGGAGACGUUUGUGGGGCGCAGGUUCGGAGAAGGUGCGUGUGAAGGGGAGACGUUUAGGGGGGAGACGUUUGUGGGGUGCAGGUUCGGAGAAGGUGCGUGUGAAGGGGAGACGUUUAGGGGGGAGACGUUUGUGGGGCGCAGGUUCGGAGAAGGUGCAUGUGAAGGGGAGACGUUUAGGGGGGAGACGUUUGUGGGGCGCAGGUUGGGCGAAGGUUCGUGUGAAGGGGAGACGUUUAGGGGGGAGACGUUUGUGGGGCGCAGGUUGGGAGAAGGUGCGUGUGAAGGGGAGACGUUUAGGGGGGGGGCGUUUGGGGGGCGCAGGUUGGGAGAAGGUGCGUGUGAAGGGGAGACGUUUAGGGGGGAGACGUUUGGGGGGGCGCAUGUUGAGAGAAGGUUGGGAGAAGGUGCGUGUGAAGGGGAGACGUUUAGGGGGGAGACGUUUCUGGGGCGAAGGUUGGAGAAGGAGCGUGUGAAGGGGAGACGUUUAGGGGGGGGGGCGUUUGGGGGGCGCAGGUUGGGAGAAGGUGCGUGUGAAGGGGAGACGUUUAGGGGGGAGACGUUUGGGGGGCGCAUGUUGGGAGAAGGUGCGUGUGAAGGGGAGACGUUUAGGGGGGUGAUGUUUGUGGGGCGCAGGUUGGGAGAAGGUGCGUGUGAAUGGGAGACGUUCAGGGGGGAGAGGUUUUUGGGGCGCAGGUUGGGAGAAGGUGCGUGUGAAGGGGAGACGUUUAGGGGGGAGACGUUUAUGGGGCGCAGGUUCGGAGAAGGUGCGUGUGAAGGGGAGACGUUUAGGGGGGAGAGGUUUGUGGGGCGCAGGUUGGGAGAAGGUGCGUAUGAAGGGGAGAAGUUUAGGGGGGAGACGUUUAUGGGGCGCAGGUGCGGAGAAGGUGCGUGUGAAGGGGAGACGAUUAGGGGGGAGACGUUUGUGGGGCGCAAGUUGGGAGAAGAUGUGUGUGAAGGGGAGUCGUUUAGGGGGGAGACUUUUGUGGGGCGCAGGUUGGGAGAAGGUGCGUGUGAAAGGGAGACGUUUAGGGGGGAGACGUUUGUGGGGCGCAGGUUUGGAGAAGAUGCGUGUGAAGGGGAGACGUUUAGGGUGGAGACGUUUGGGGGGCGCAGGUGCGGAGAAGGUGCGUGUGAAGGGGAGACGUUUAGGGGGGAGACGUUUGGGGGGCGCAGGUUGGGAGAAGGUGCGUGUGAAGGGAAGACGUUUAAGGAGGAGACGUUUCUGGGGCGCAGGUUGGGAGAAGGUGCGUGUGAAAGGGAGACGUUUAGGGGGGAGACGUUUGGGGGUCGCAGGUUGGGAGAAGGUGCGUGUGAAGGGGAGACGUUUAGUGGGGAGACGUUUGUGAGACGCUGGUUGGGAGAAGGUGCGUGUCAAGGGGAGACGUUCAGGGGGGAGACGUUUGUAGGGCGCAGGUUGGGAGAAGGUGCAUGUGAAGGGGAGACGUUUAGGGGGGAGCCGUUUGUGGGGCGCAGUUUGGAAGAAGGUGCGUGUGAAGGGGAGACGUUUAGGGGGGAAGACAUUUGUGGGGCGCAGGUUCGAAGAAGGUGCGUGGGGCGCAGGUUUGGAGAAGGUUCGUGUGAAGGGGAGACGUUUAGGGGGGAGACGUUUGUGGGGCGCAGGUUCAGAGAAGGUGCGUGUGAAGGGGAGAUGUUUAGGGGGGAGACGUUUGUGGGGCGCAGGUUCGGAGAAGGUGCGUGUGAAGGGGAGACGUUUAGGGGGGAGACGUUUGUGGGGUGCAGGUUCGGAGAAGGUGCGUGUGAAGGGGAGACGUUUAGGGGGGAGACGUUUGUGGGGCGCAGGUUCGGAGAAGGUGCGUGUGAAGGGGAGACGUUUAGGGGGGAGACGUUUGUGGGGUGCAGGUUCGGAGAAGGUGCGUGUGAAGGGGAGACGUUUAGGGGGGAGACGUUUGUGGGGCGCAGGUUCGGAGAAGGUGCAUGUGAAGGGGAGACGUUUAGGGGGGAGACGUUUGUGGGGCGCAGGUUGGGAGAAGGUGCGUGUGAAGGGGAGACGUUCAGGGGGGAGACGUUUGUAGGGCGCAGGUUGGGAGAAGGUGUGUGUGAAGGGGAGACGUUUAGGGGGGAGACGUUUGUGGAGCGCAGGUUGGGAGAAGGUGCGUGUGAAGGGGAGACGUUUAGGGGGGAAGACGUUUGUGGGGCGCAGGUUCGGAGAAGGUGCGUGGGGCGCAGGUUGGGAGAUGGUUCAUAUGAAGGGGAGACGUUUAGGGGGGAGACGUUUGUGGGGCGCAGGUUCGGAGAAGGUGCGUGUGAAGGGGAGACGUUUAGUGGGGAGACGUUUGUAGGGCGCAGGAUGGGAGAAGGUGUGUGUGAAGGGGAGACGUUUAGGGGGGAGACGUUUGUGGGGCGCAGGUUGGGAGAAGGUGCGUGUCAAGGGGAGACGUUUAGGGGGGAAGACGUUUGUGGGGCGCAGGUUCGGAGAAGGUUGGGAGAAGGUGCGUGUGAAGGGGAGACGUUCAGGGGGGAGACAUUUGUAGGGCGCAGGUUGGGAGAAGGUGUGUGUGAAGGGGAGACGUUUAGGGGGGAGACGUUUGUGGAGCGCAGGUUCGGAGAAGGUGCGUGUGAAGGGGAGACGUUUAGGGGGGAGACGUUUGUGGGGCGCAGGUUCGGAGAAGGUGCAUGUGAAGGGGAGACGUUUAGGGGGGAGACGUUUGUGGGGCGCAGGUUGGGAGAAGGUGCGUGUGAAGGGGAGACGUUCAGGGGGGAGACGUUUGUAGGGCGCAGGUUGGGAGAAGGUGUGUGUGAAGGGGAGACGUUUAGGGGGGAGACGUUUGUGGAGCGCAGGUUGGGAGAAGGUGCGUGUGAAGGGGAGACGUUUAGGGGGGAAGACGUUUGUGGGGCGCAGGUUCGGAGAAGGUGCGUGGGGCGCAGGUUGGGAGAUGGUUCAUAUGAAGGGGAGACGUUUAGGGGGGAGACGUUUGUGGGGCGCAGGUUCGGAGAAGGUGCGUGUGAAGGGGAGACGUUUAGUGGGGAGACGUUUGUAGGGCGCAGGAUGGGAGAAGGUGUGUGUGAAGGGGAGACGUUUAGGGGGGAGACGUUUGUGGGGCGCAGGUUGGGAGAAGGUGCGUGUCAAGGGGAGACGUUUAGGGGGGAAGACGUUUGUGGGGCGCAGGUUCGGAGAAGGUUGGGAGAAGGUGCGUGUGAAGGGGAGACGUUCAGGGGGGAGACAUUUGUAGGGCGCAGGUUGGGAGAAGGUGUGUGUGAAGGGGAGACGUUUAGGGGGGAGACGUUUGUGGAGCGCAGGUUCGGAGAAGGUGCGUAUGAAGGGGAGACGUUUAGGGGGGAGACGUUUGUGGGGCGCAGGUUCGGAGAAGGUGCGUGUGAAGGGGAGACGUUUGUGGGGCGCAAGUUGGGAGAAGGUGCGUGUGAAGGGGAGACGUUUAGGGGGGAGACGUUUGUGGGGCGCAGGUUGGGAGAAUGUGUGUGUGAAGGGGAGACGUUUAUGGGGGAGACGUUUGUGGCUCGCAGGUUUGGAGAAGAUGCGUGUGAAGGGGAGACGUUUAGGGCGGAGACGUUUGGGGGGCGCAGGUUCGGAGAAGGUGCGUGUGAAGGGGAGACGUUUAGGGGGGGGGGGACGUUUGUGGGGCGCAGGUGCGGAGAAGGUGCGUGUGAAGGGGAGACGUUUAGGGGGGAGACGUUUGGGGGGCGCAGGUUGGGAGAAGGUGCGUGUGAAGGGGAGACGUUUAAGGAGGAGACGUUUCUGGGGCGCAGGUUGGGAGAAGGUGCGUGUGAAAGGGAGACGUUUAGGGGGGAGACGUUUGUGAGACGCUGGUUGGGAGAAGGUGCGUGUGAAGGGGAGACGUUUAGGGGGGAGACGUUUGUGGCGCGCAGGUUCGGAGAAGGUGCGUGUGAAGGGGAGACGUUUAGGGGGGAGACAUUUGAGGCGCAGAGGUUUGGAGAAGGUGCGUGUGAAGGGGAGACGUUUAGGGGGGAGACGUUUGUGGGGCGCAGGUUGGGAGAAGGUGCGUGUGAAGGGGAGACGUUUAGGGGGGGGGCGUUUGGGGGGCGCAGGUUGGGAGAAGGUGCGUGUGAAGGGGAGACGUUUAGGGGGGAGACGUUUGGGGGGCGCAUGUUGGGAGAAGGUGCGUGUGAAGGGGAGACGUUUAGGGGGGAGACAUGUGUGGGGCGCAGGUUGGGAGAAGGUGCGUGUGAAGGGGAGAUGUUUAGGGGGGAGACGUUUGGGGGGCGCAUGUUGGGAGAAGGUGCGUGUGAAGGGGAGACGUUUAGGGGGGAGACGUGUGUGGGGCGCAGGUUGGGAGAAGGUGCGUGUGAAGGGGAGACGUUUAGGGGGGAGACGUUUGGGGGCGCAUGUUGGGAGAAGGUGCGUGUGAAGGGGAGACGUUUAGGGGGGAAGACGUUUGUGGGGCGCAGGUUCGGAGAAGGUGCGUGUGAAGGGGAGACGUUUAGGGGGGAGACGUUUGUGGGGCGCAGGUUCGGAGAAGGUGCGUGUGAAGGGGAGACGUUUGUGGGGCGCAAGUUGGGAGAAGGUGCGUGUGAAGGGGAGACGUUUAGGGGGGAGACGUUUGUGGGGCGCAGGUUGGGAGAAUGUGUGUGUGAAGGGGAGACGUUUAUGGGGGAGACGUUUGUGGCGCGCAGGUUGGGAGAAGGUGCGUGUGAAGGGGAGACGCUUAGGGAGGAGACGUUUGUGGGUCGCAGGUUGGGAGAAGGUGCGUGUGAAGGGGAGACGUUUAUGGGGCGCAGGUUGGGAGAAGUUGUGUGUGAAGGGGAGACGUUUAGGGGUUGGGAGAAGAUGGCGCGCAGGUUCGGAGAAGGUGCGUGUGAAGGGGAGACGUUUAGGGGGGAGACGUUUGUGGCGCGCAGGUUCGGAGAAGGUGCGUGUGAAGGGGAGACGUUUAGGGGGGAGACAUUUGUGGCGCAGAGGUUCGGAGAAGGUGCGUGUGAAGGGGAGACGUUUAGGGGGGAGACGUUUGUGGGGCGCAGGUUGGGAGAAGGUGCGUGUGAAGGGGAGACGUUUAGGGGGGGGGCGUUUGGGGGGCGCAGGUUGGGAGAAGGUGCGUGUGAAGGGGAGACGUUUAGGGGGGAGACGUUUGGGGGGCGCAUGUUGAGAGAAGGUGCGUGUGAAGGGGAGACGUUUAGGGGGGAGACAUGUGUGGGGCGCAGGUUGGGAGAAGGUGCGUGUGAAGGGGAGACGUUUAGGGGGGAGACGUUUGGGGGGCGCAUGUUGGGAGAAGGUGCGUGUGAAGGGGAGACGUUUAGGGGGGUGAUGUUUGUGGGGCGCAGGUUGGGAGAAGGUGCGUGUGAAUGGGAGACGUUCAGGGGGGAGAGGUUUUUGGGGCGCAGGUUCGGAGAAGGUGCGUGUGAAGGGGAGAUGUUUAGGGGGGAGACGUGUGUGGGGCGCAGGUUGGGAGAAGGUGCGGGUGAAGGGGAGACGUUUGUGGGGCACAAGUUGGGAGAAGGAGCGUUGGGAGAAGGUGCGUGUGAAGGGGAGACGUUUAGGGGGGAGACGUUUAUGGGGCGCAGGUUGGGAGAAUGUGUGUGUGAAGGGGAGACGUUUAUGGGGGAGACGUUUGUGGCGCGCAGGUUGGGAGAAGGUGCGUGUGAAGGGGAGACGCUUAGGGAGGAGACGUUUGUGGGUCGCAGGUUGGGAGAAGGUGCGUGUGAAGGGGAGACGUUUAUGGGGCGCAGGUUGGGAGAAGUUGUGUGUGAAGGGGAGACGUUUAGGGGUUGGGAGAAGAUGGCGCGCAGGUUCGGAGAAGGUGCGUGUGAAGGGGAGACGUUUAGGGGGGAGACGUUUGUGGCGCGCAGGUUUGGAGAAGGUGCGUGUGAAGGGGAGACGUUUAGGGGGGAGACAUUUGUGGCGCAGAGGUUCGGAGAAGGUGCGUGUGAAGGGGAGACGUUUAGGGGGGAGACGUUUGUGGGGCGCAGGUUGGGAGAAGGUGCGUGUGAAGGGGAGACGUUUAGGGGGGGGGCGUUUGGGGGGCGCAGGUUGGGAGAAGGUGCGUGUGAAGGGGAGACGUUUAGGGGGGAGACGUUUGGGGGGCGCAUGUUGAGAGAAGGUGCGUGUGAAGGGGAGACGUUUAGGGGGGAGACAUGUGUGGGGCGCAGGUUGGGAGAAGGUGCGUGUGAAGGGGAGACGUUUAGGGGGGAGACGUUUGGGGGGCGCAUGUUGGGAGAAGGUGCGUGUGAAGGGGAGACGUUUAGGGGGGUGAUGUUUGUGGGGCGCAGGUUGGGAGAAGGUGCGUGUGAAUGGGAGACGUUCAGGGGGGAGAGGUUUUUGGGGCGCAGGUUGGGAGAAGGUGCGUGUGAAGGGGAGACGUUUAGGGGGGAGACGUUUAUGGGGCGCAGGUUCGGAGAAGGUGCGUGUGAAGGGGAGACGUUUAGGGGGGAGAGGUUUGUGGGGCGCAGGUUGGGAGAAGGUGCGUGUGAAGGGGAGACGUUUAGGGGGGAGACGUUUAUGGGGCGCAGGUUGGGAGAAUGUGUGUGUGAAGGGGAGACGUUUAUGGGGGAGACGUUUGUGGCGCGCAGGUUGGGAGAAGGUGCGUGUGAAGGGGAGACGCUUAGGGAGGAGACGUUUGUGGGUCGCAGGUUGGGAGAAGGUGCGUGUGAAGGGGAGACGUUUAUGGGGCGCAGGUUGGGAGAAGUUGUGUGUGAAGGGGAGACGUUUAGGGGUUGGGAGAAGAUGGCGCGCAGGUUCGGAGAAGGUGCGUGUGAAGGGGAGACGUUUAGGGGGGAGACGUUUGUGGCGCGCAGGUUCGGAGAAGGUUGGGAGAAGGUGCGUGUGAAGGGGAGACGUUUAGGGGGAGACGUUUGGGGGGCGCAUGUUGAGAGAAGGUUGGGAGAAGGUGCGUGUGAAGGGGAGACGUUUAGGGGGGAGACGUUUAUGGGGCGCAGGUUCGGAGAAGGUGCGUGUGAAGGGGAGACGUUUAGGGGGGAGAGGUUUGUGGGGCGCAGGUUGGGAGAAGGUGCGUAUGAAGGGGAGAAGUUUAGGGGGGAGACGUUUAUGGGGCGCAGGUGCGGAGAAGGUGCGUGUGAAGGGGAGACGAUUAGGGGGGAGACGUUUGUGGGGCGCAAGUUGGGAGAAGAUGUAUGUGAAGGGGAGUCGUUUAGGGGGGAGACUUUUGUGGGGCGCAGGUUGGGAGAAGGUGCGUGUGAAAGGGAGACGUUUAGGGGGGAGACGUUUGUGGGGCGCAGGUUUGGAGAAGAUGCGUGUGAAGGGGAGACGUUUAGGGUGGAGACGUUUGGGGGGCGCAGAUGCGGAGAAGGUGCGUGUGAAGGGGAGACGUUUAGGGGGGAGACGUUUGGGGGGCGCAGGUUGGGAGAAGGUGCGUGUGAAGGGAAGACGUUUAAGGAGGAGACGUUUCUGGGGCGCAGGUUGGGAGAAGGUGCGUGUGAAAGGGAGACGUUUAGGGGGGAGACGUUUGGGGGUCGCAGGUUGGGAGAAGGUGCGUGUGAAGGGGAGACGUUUAGUGGGGAGACGUUUGUAAUACGCUGGUUGGGAGAAGGUGCGUGUCAAGGGGAGACGUUCAGGGGGGAGACGUUUGUAGGGCGCAGGUUGGGAGAAGGUGCAUGUGAAGGGGAGACGUUUAGGGGGGAGCCGUUUGUGGGGCGCAGUUUGGAAGAAGGUGCGUGUGAAGGGGAGACGUUUAGGGGGGAAGACGUUUGUGGGGCGCAGGUUCGAAGAAGGUGCGUGGGGCGCAGGUUUGGAGAAGGUUCGUGUGAAGGGGAGACGUUUAGGGGGGAGACGUUUGUGGGGCGCAGGUUCGGAGAAGGUGCGUGUGAAGGGGAGAUGUUUAGGGGGGAGACGUUUGUGGGGCGCAGGUUCGGAGAAGGUGCGUGUGAAGGGGAGACGUUUAGGGGGGAGACGUUUGUGGGGCGCAGGUUCGGAGAAGGUGCGUGUGAAGGGGAGACGUUUAGGGGGGAGACGUUUGUGGGGCGCAGGUUCGGAGAAGGUGCGUGUGAAGGGGAGACGUUUAGGGGGGAGACGUUUGUGGGGCGCAGGUUCGGAGAAGGUGCGUGUGAAGGGGAGACGUUUAGGGGGGAGACGUUUGUGGGGUGCAGGUUCGGAGAAGGUGCGUGUGAAGGGGAGACGUUUAGGGGGGAGACGUUUGUGGGGCGCAGGUUCGGAGAAGGUGCGUGUGAAGGGGAGACGUUUAGGGGGGAGACGUUUGUGGGGCGCAGGUUGGGAGAAGGUGCGUGUGAAGGGGAGACGUUCAGGGGGGAGACAUUUGUAGGGCGCAGGUUGGGAGAAGGUGUGUGUGAAGGGGAGACGUUUAGGGGGGAGACGUUUGUGGAGCGCAGGUUGGGAGAAGGUGCGUGUGAAGGGGAGACGUUUAGGGGGGAAGACGUUUGUGGGGCGCAGGUUCGGAGAAGGUGCGUGGGGCGCAGGUUGGGAGAUGGUUCAUAUGAAGGGGAGACGUUUAGGGGGGAAACGUUUGUGGGGCGCAGGUUCGGAGAAGGUGCGUGUGAAGGGGAGACAUUUGUGGGGCGCAAGUUGGGAGAAGGUGCGUGUGAAGGGGAGACGUUUAGGGGGGAGACGUUUGUGGGGCGCAGGUUGGGAGAAGGUGUGUGUGAAGGGGAGACGUUUAGGGGGGAGACGUUUGUGGCGCGCAGGUUGGAAGAAGGUGCGUGUCAAGGGGAGACGUUUAGGGGGGAAGACGUUUGUGGGGCGCAGGUUCGGAGAAGGUUGGGAGAAGGUGCGUGUGAAGGGGAGACGUUCAGGGGGGAGACGUUUGUAGGGCGCAGGUUGGGAGAAGGUGUGUGUGAAGGGGAGACGUUUAGGGGGGAGACGUUUGUGGAGCGCAG